AUGACUAGAACAAUAGAGGAAGUACCCAAAGGAGCUAUACUCCAAGUAGAUUCGCCUGAGCCUACCUUAGUACGUGUUGAUAUACUCAAACCGGGUGCCACUCAAGCAUGGAAGAAUGGACUAGGUAAAACUAAUGAAAUAUGUAUCUAUCCACCAGAAAAGGAUUAUAGACAAGACUCUUUCUUUUGGAGAUUGAGUGAAAAUGUCAUUGACUCUGACUUUAUGUUUCCAAUGUUCCUGGGAUAUGAUUGUACAACUGUGAUUUUACCUACUGGAAACAAAAAGUCUGUUAUUCAACUAAACCAUCGUGGAGAGGAAGCAUCUACCAGGAUUAAACCUUUAUUUCCAUAUACGUGGAACGGCGAAUGGCAAACAACGUGUAGGGUGACCAAUGCACCUGUCACCAGCCUUCAGUUCUUGAUCAAAAAAGAUCUAGGCACGGCUCGAUUCUCGAUUGAUAAGAUUGGUCAACCUAUUUCUAAUGAAAAUGGUGAAACAGGUAGAAAAUUAAUCUUGGGCGCUUUUGCCCUUGUUUAUGUCGUCGAGGGCAACGUUCGCAUCAGUCUUGACGAAAAUAGUCCUCAAGGCUAUCAGGGUGUUCUCAAAGCCGGACAAACGCUCUGUGUCGAGCGCGAUGAAGACGCCAGUCCGACUAGUAUGGUCAUCCAAUCAUCUGAUUCUACAGGCAACGUGAGCCACCGUGAUCUGGAGGAGGCCACGGUGAUAACGAUUCAGGUGACAGAGUCAAAGCCCAAGGGUGCGCCUUCGACGAUUGGAACCAUGUCAGAUUAUUUUGCAAUCAAUAAUAACAAUCAACCUACGUCAACUGCAAAUACUCCUGCCGUAAGAGAGGACGAUGUACCAAGCCGUCGCCGUGAGCCAAGAAGAAAGGGGUCCCUUGUUGUCUAUGAUAGUCAACCGAUAUCAAAAGAAAACCGUAGCAGCGUUUAUUUGCUUCAAGGCAAGCUAGAGUCAAAUCAACUUUAUGAACCACCCUUAUUUGAAUUCAGAGACACAGAUGUGCCUCCUCCUGUUGUCAGAGAUCGGUUAGUCAUUGAAGAUUUUCCUGUUCACAGCAUUCACUCUGUUUGGAUCAAAAUGGUACAACAGGGCCUUGGAGAGUGGCUCAGAUUGCCUGUUAUUGUUUGCAGAGGUACAGAGGAUGGCCCCGUGGUAGGUAUUACGGCAGCUGUACAUGGUAAUGAGCUUAACGGAGUGCCAUGCAUACACAGGGUUGUCUCUGAAAUUGAUGUGAAUAAGCUUCGUGGCACGGUGGUAGCAGUACCUUGCGUCAAUGUAUCUGGCUAUCUGAAAUUCACCAGAGAAUUUGCAGAUGGAAGAGACUUGAACCGAUUAUUCCCUGGAAGAGAAGACGGGUUUUCUUCACAAGUGUACUGUUAUCAAUUAAUGAAUAAAGUUAUAUCUCAAUUCAACUACCUAAUUGAUUUGCAUACUGCAAGCUUUGGAAGAGUCAACUCUUACUAUGUCAGAGCUGAUAUGAAUGAUUCCGUGUCGGCUAUGAUGGCAAGAUUACAGCAACCACAGAUCGUGCUACAUAAUUCAGGACAAGAUGGCACACUGAGAUCAGCUGCGUCCGCCAGAGGAAUUAAGGCAAUUACAGUCGAAAUUGGUAACCCACAGUCGUUCCAGACUCAGUUUGUCCAAUGGGCUUAUAUUGGUACAAUGCGUAUAUUGGAUCAUCUUGAAAUGUAUGCAUUGGCUAGUCAACAUUCUACAAUGGAAGGUCCCUCCAGUACUAUCCUUUGUUCUAAAGGCUUUUGGAUUUAUACAAAAAUGGGUGGUAUUUUGGAAGUGUACCCCAAUGUAAAUACAAUCAUUAGAAAGAAUGAUUUGAUUGCUCGCAUAAAGAAUAUAUUUGGUAACGUUGUCGAAGAAUACUAUGCACCUUGUAGUGGCAUUGUCAUUGGCCGUAGUUCAAACCCUGUAGCGAUGUCAGGCGAUCGUAUAAUUCAUUUAGGUGUGAUCAAGAAGAAGAACGAGAGUUUACCAAAAGAAGCAAAAGAAAAUUACUGA